CCCUCGGCUUGCCGAGCCCGAGACUCACCGUGUCUCCGGUAUCACACUGCCUCCGGAUGACGCAAAUGCCUUUUUCAUCGCAAUCUCGGGUUCUGCUCGGGCUGCGAGGAAGAAGCAAUUCCUGUGGUGAAAAGUGUUUUUCGUCAAGUGGUAAUACGGGUACUGUCAGAACUGGUUACCAAGGCUGAAUCCAAGUUUCGUUGGUAUUUUUGCUUCCCUAGCCUUUCGACAAAGGUGUGUUGCAUCGUGAGACACCGCUUCCAAGAUACAUUCUACAGAUAGAAAUGGCGAGAAUCAAUAGAAAUCAGUACCGGGUGACCGCUACCAGUGCGCGUUGGCAAAACGCGGGCUCCCUUGGCUUCGACUCACCUCCGUGAUUUUUUCGACCCGCCACCCUCGGAUUGCGGCCCAGAUCGAUUCCGCGCUUGGUGAUGAUCCUUGGACACUUGAUCUUAGGAUGCCUGGCCUCGCCGCUUCACGACACGCCCCUCACCCGCGCAGCCCGCGAAGAAGCGGCAUCGCGAACGCCAAUCUAACGGUUCCUCCAGCGCCAAUAGGCGACGGCGGCGGCGGCGGUAAUAAUGGUGCCGAAAACACCGACCCGAUAAUCCACAGGUCCUCUACGUCAUCCGCAUCAUUCUCAGCAUCAUCAACAACAACAACAACAACGACGACGACGACGACAACAACAACAGCAACAGCGGCCGCAUUCCCGACAAGAGCCGCGAGAAACGAGCGCCCGCGACCGGACCGACCCGCCGCGUCGGCCCCGCACGAGCUCGCCCGCUACGCAAAGAUCGUCCGCCGGCUCCAGUGGAAGCUGCCGUUCCUCGCGCAGGGCUACCGGCGGGCGGUCGACCGCGUGGGCGCCGACCCGGACGCCGUCGCCGAGGCCGAGCUCAUGUUCAAGCUCGACUUCUUCGAGUACUACAUGCUGAUCGAGCGCGCGCUGGUGCACCUGCUCGGCGUCUUCGGCGUCACCGUGGAGCGGGGCUACCAGGAGGGAGGGGAGCGGGAGGAGGCGGCGGCGGCCGUCACCGGCACCACUGGAUACGAUCUUUGCGAGGACGACAACAACAAGAAGAACGAUACGAAGGAUAGUAACAAGGACAGGGGCAAGAAUAACGGCGGCUACGGCGGCUACGGCGUCUACGGCGAUCACGUCAAAGGGAGCGCGAAAGGGCUGGGCGCCAGCAUAUGGCGGCACCGGGCGCGGCACCGCUACCAUGCCAACGUGCUGGCGGCGCUGGACCGCCCCGACAACCCGCUCCACCGCUCGCUCGGGACGGGAGAGGUGAGGGCGCAGCUGGGGCGGGCCAAGGACUUGCGGAACCGGUGGAAGACCGCUGGGGAUGAUGACAGUAGCGGUGGUGGUGGCGGUGGUGAUGGUUGUAAUGGCGGCGACGGCACCUCUCGGGCGGAGAGCGGCGCCAGCCCGGAGCGGGGGGAGCGGCGAUCUGGAAAAGUCGCUGCGCCGCUCGACUCGUACCGUCUCGAGCACAUGCUGGAGGUCAUCUUCCGGGGGUUUGAUGAGGCGUUUAGGAUCGCGGAGGAGUAUGUGAGGCUCGGGUCGGGUCUGGCUGAGGGGGACGCGGACAGGUCUGGGGAGGACGGGAGGGUGAUGGAUUGGACAGCGAUUGGCGAUGAGGAGGAGCAGUGGGAGUUCAUGGUCGACGCGAUGGAUUGGGAGGCAGUUUGAACCUGCUCCAGCCUUUUGAGUCCUGGGGGGAGGUGUUGGGAAGUUCGGAAAGACACACAGGAUACGCGACUAUGAAACAUAGGGUAUUGUAUAUGAUGGAUAGAGUCGGGCAUAGCAGUCCGACGUCUCGG